AAAGUGGGCAGCAACAGAAGAGAAGCUUUGUGGAGCUGGACUUGGCCACAGAGGGGACUUUGUUCCGAUCGAACAAGCAAACGCGUCCAAUGAGGGAACUUGAGCUUCUCUUUGUGGGGUUCCUCCUCAGUGUGACAGAUGCCAGCUGUCCCAUCACGCUGGACCCGCCCACUGUUGUGGUGAAAUAUGGCGCACCAGCGAAAAUCAUCUGCUCCGCCACAGACAGUGACUAUGUGCAGAUCGGCUGGGAGGCUCCAGUAGGGGGCACUAGUCCACAUCCGAUCAGCAGCACUCCAAAUUUAGAAUGGUUCGUGCCGAAUGUGACGGAGUGGCGACUCGCCCCGGAAUGUUACAUCAACCCACCUCGGGGAAGUCCGAAGAAACAGUGCUCCAAGAAGGCCAAAGUGGUGGUCUACGAUGUUCCGGAAGAAAUUCGUCUGGACUCCGAUGUCACCAGUGACUUGGCAGAGGGCCGUCUGAUGUUGUUCACAUGCUCCUUGAACAGCUCAGUGCCUUUAACAAAUCUCACGAUAUUUUUGUAUGUGAACAACAAUCAUACAGUGAUGCCGGAUCUCAAAGCCAGUCGGCAUGUCGAGGCACCAUUUCAAAUACAAGCAAGCAGGGAAAUGAACGGAGCCACAGUCCUAUGUGGGGCCCAAAUCGACCUACAGCCAGAAGUCCCACUGAUUUCAUUGUUCUCCAAUGAGAUCUCUCUCAACGUCCUCUAUGCACCCGUGCUGACUUGUCCACAUAACAUCAGCGUACCUGAGAACGCGCCCUACAACCUCACCUGCACCGCAGAGGGGAACCCCCAGCCUCAAAUCAUCUGGUACAAAGACGGCGAGGAAGUGGACCUUCCAGAGAACCUCACGCGAGGAGACGCUGGACAAUACCUCGUCGUCGCAUCCAACGCUUUCAAUCAAACUACAGCCGCCACAGUGAACAUCAUUGUUACAUACCCGCCCUCACAAAUACUUGAGCUUGAGGACUCAGAAGUAGAAGUUGGAUCUUCUGUGCGGCUCAAAUGCGCCAGUAAAGCGACUCCACGACCCGGAUAUUCCUGGACUUAUUACCAGGCGGAAAACGUAAUGGUGGUUUAUGAAGAUGGAGUGUCUCUCCUGCUUGUGGAAAAUGCCACCGAUUUCAACGCGGGAGUCUAUACUUGCCACGUUGGGAACAUUGGAGGAAGCAUCUCAAAAAGUGUAAAACUGACUGUCAAAGGAGCCCAGCAGGAAUGUCCUCUUGAAAUCCUUCCAGAGAAGUUGGUGGUGCGGUACAAAGAGAGAGGCCACAGAGUCACAUGUAAACCAACAGCCAGUGGCUCCAUAAAUCUGAAGACACUGUCAUGGGAGGUUCUGCCAGGCGACCGGACGUUGGGCAGUGACUGGCUUCCUGACCUGUAUGAGCACUGGGAGCUGAAACCUGCCUGUCAUGCCAGUUUCACUGGCUUCGGAACAUGCUCCAAAUACUUAAAUUUAACCCUCUAUAAAACACCAGACAGCGUCUCCAUCAGCUCCAUGUUAACCAACAGCUCUGCGGGCCUUACCCUGAUAACCCUGACCUGUGACAUCACGAACGUCGCUCCCGCCAAAAACCUUGUCGUGCAUUGGUACCAGGGAAAUGGGACCCUUCGGCCAAGUCACAUGGCAGGUGGAGUCACCCUCAGCAUGGCGGGGUGUGAGUGGAACACCAGCGCAGAGUGCAACACCGACACCAUCAUUACUCCAGUCAAUGUUUCUGCCACUGUUCAGCUGCAUCUGGACCAGAUGCGAAAGCUGGCAGGGAUACGGUGCGCCGCUCUGCUGGACCUGGAUGUAUUAAACCCUCCUGAGGCCAUGAUGUCCGACCCACUCAACGUCUCCGUUUACUAUAAGCCCAUCAUUAACACAACAAAGCUUCCGAAGACAAUCCCAGUGUUCCAGGGGUAUCCAGAGUACCUUGUGUGUGAAGCCGACGGGAACCCCCCUCCCAAGAUCCAGUGGACCUACUCCUCAGAUAAGGUGGUCCAAGUAUCUGGAGGCAAAAUCAGAGUCACUGAACCAGGCGUCUAUAACUGCAGCGCCAGCAAUGUGUUGGACUCCACCUACCACCUGGUCCAUGUCAUCCUGAAAGAGGACUACCUGCCACUGAUCGCUGGAUUGGUGGCGGUCACCGUCGUGGUCAUCUCCAUCAUCUUCAUCUUCAUAUAUUCGAUCUACUACACCAACACCAAGAUGCGCCAUUACAAUCUGAAAAACCCCAAACUCAACUCCCACAAUGGAAAUGUGGCUCACAAUGGCUUGGAUCUGCCGCUGCCUAUGACCAAAUCCAUAAUUUCGUCCGGAAGGGUCUUUAUUUUUAGAACACCAAUCUUUCCGACGAACAUUGAACGCAUCUCAACAGGAGUUUCUCUUUCGGUAGCGAGUCAAACCCGCGAGCAGCAGCUGUUUAGAUCGUUUUUUUCUUUCUCUGGUUUGACGGCCAUUCAAAUCUUUGGUCACAUCUUGAGGUCAGCGAUGGUUGUCUUCGUGUUGAGCUGUUUGUUCAUGCUAACAGCAAAAGCAGUGAGUUCUUCAUGCCCAGUCGAGAUCCAGCCUUCCAGUGUAGUGGUGAAAUAUGGCGACCCAGUCAGCGUGAACUGCACGACCACGUCGCCCCGCAGGAGAAACAUGGGCUGGGAGUCUCCUCAAGGCAGUACAGAACCAGAACCAGUGAGUUCGGUACUAUUGGAAAUAAAGAAACUUGAGAACUGGUUCCUCGCGCCGAAAUGCUUCAUUAACCUGGGCUCACCACCGUUUCAAUGUUUCAAAGACCUUCAAGUCACAGUUUACAAACCACCUGACCGAGUGUCUAUUUCAGAAGCUUCUGAAAUCGGCCCUCUGCUGGAAGGCAACAAAAAGCAGAUUGAGUGUUUAGUUAUGGAUGUCACUCCACCGCAGAAUCUCACAUUGUCUUGGUACAUAGGAGAUAAGUUGGUUUACAGUGAACCCUUCAAUAAAUCAUCACAGUCAUCUCCGGUGAGUGGACCGUCCUUUUAUACCUGGACUGCCCGAAAGGAAGACGACGGAAUGGGUAUCCGCUGCGAGGCGAAACUGGAGUUUGGGCCAACAGGUCCGACUGUUCCUGUGACGAAAUCCAAGACAGAGAAACUGACGGUGUUCUAUCCUCCACAGUUCGCCGAGCAUGAAGAGACAAUUAAACUUAAAGGCAGCGAAGGUCUCAGUUUGAACUGCACGGUGUCUGCAAACCCCACCCCGAAAUACACUUGGCAGCUCCCUCCCAGCCUGCCAAAGCAGCAGAAUCAAACCAGCCAGCCAAUUCUGGAUGUCUCCUUCCCAAUGCCGGGCACCUACACCUGCACCACCUCCAAUGUCCACGGCACCAGAACCAAGUCCUUCAUUGUCGCCAUGGAAGCAGGGGAUCGUACAGUCGUCGCAGCUGUGAUCAGUACGUUCGUGAUCGUCGGCGUCCUUCUGGCCGUUGUUGGCUAUUUUACUGUGAAAGCCGACGGGACAUUUUCUUUCUGCAAAGGCAGCUAUCAAAGAGGGAACGUCUCAGCUGGGAUGGAGGAGGAGGGGGUGAGGGGGUCUUUUGUUCCUGCACAAGUUCCCUGUGGAGUUGCAAAGCUUGCUCAAGUUUGGAAUUUUCUGUCCUGGCCUUCCAAAUCGACGACUCUCUCCAACAACAAUACGAUGGGAAUCAAGUUUUUGGACUGGAUUCUGGCUCUUUGCAUGGUUUACUCUGUGUCAGGUGAUGGUUGCUCCUUAAUCCUCAAACCCUCCAGGGUGGUGGUGGGCUUUGGGGACUCUGUGUCGGUGAGCUGCGAGGCCACCAGGCCGGUCCGAGUCCUGGGCUGGGAGUCAGCCAUCAGCGCCGCUCACACGCAACAGGAGCUCUCCGUGCAGUGGAAGGUGGAGAGCCUCAUCGACUGGAUCGAGGAGCCCAUCUGUUACGGGGUGUUCUUCACGGCACCGCGCCAGUGCGAGGAGAAGCUCAACCUGGUGCUCUAUAAAACUCCAGACAGCAUCUCCAUUAAAGCUGUGAACCACAGCGGCCCCAUGCUGGAGGGGAAGGAGUACCAGCUGCUGUGUGAGGUGCAGAAUGUCGCCCCGGUCCAGUACCUGAAUCUGAGGUGGUACAGAGGGCAAACGCAGGUGUAUAAUCACUCCUUCUCUGACAUGACCCCCAUAUCACCCGUCCAAGUGUCCUCCACACUUCUGAUUGUACCAACGAAGGCAGAUAACAAAGCCCAGUACAGGUGCGUGGCGGAGCUGGAGCUGGGGGCCGAGGGACCCCAGCCGUCGCCCACCGUCACCUCAGAGCCCUAUAAUGUUUCAGUCCACUUCCCUCCUUCGUUCCUCAGUCCUGAACCGGAAACUGUCCAACUUGUCGAGGGGGGUGAAGUGAAGCUGGAUUGCUCCGCCACGGGGAACCCCACGCCCACGUACAGCUGGACCUCCAUCAAUCCGGUCGAGGAGAAGAUGGCGACUGAAGCGGUACUUGCGUCCUCUACACUGCUGCCAGGGACCUACACCUGCACCGCCUCCAACUCACGAGGAGUCAGGAGCAAGAAGUUCAUGGUGCUGGCCAAAGGUGUUUGAAGCCUGAACAUCAGCAUUCAGACGUGUCACGAGGAUGCUUUGGACAUUCGACUGUAUUUAACUCCAGCCGCUUCACUGACAAUGGAAAAUGCAGCAAGACACACUGGUUUUAUCCACAAAUUCACACACGCACAAAUAACUGUAACUCCACAGUUGUUUGAGUAGAUGUCUUUAUGAAUGGAUGUUUUGUUAGCAUUGAAAUAAUUUAUAUACAUAUUUUUAGGUUUGAUUACAAUAUUAAUACAAGUUAUCUUACAGCCUGUCAAAUAUCUGCUAGCGUCAAUUGUUGUUUUAUACUAUUGAAUGAUUUAAUUUGUUCUUCCCAACAAUACUGUAAAUAUCUGAAUAAAUUUAAAUGAA